AUGCUUGCAAAUUUUUUCAAGAAAAAGACAAGAGAAAGGGACAUCAAAACAGACAACCUUGAAGAAAUCCAAGAGUUUUUAGCAUCACACGACUGUGUCGUUAGCACCCAGAAUAAAUCUACUGGGUCUACAACUGGUAAAUAUAGUGUAAACAAAGAUGAAAAAAUUUUAAGUUAUGACCAAAAAACUAACACACAAGCACACAAAAGGAUAAAAGCAUCGUCAGAAAUAACCAAUAAUAAGCUGCCGGCAAAUAAAAGCAGAAAGGCUGGACAUGUUCCCGAUUCAAAGCAAGAAGUUCUUGAAAAUUUUAGUUUCAUUUCUAAUUCAUCUGCCAGUAUUGACAAACGGAUGCAGGGCUUGAUGGAUGAACCAUUUGUGAUUGAUAGCAAUGUUCAAAGAAUGCCCCCAGAUAGACACAAACCAUUUCUGAACGAAGAUUGCACUAAUGGCGAUAUUGACUUCAGAAAGAUCCAAGUUAUGAAUAUGGCUACAAGAAACAUUGAAAUCAAGUACAGCCCAUCAUCAGCCACGCUCUAUCUUCCCAAGAAUUUUCGACUGUUAUCUACUCUUUACAAGAUUCUAGCAUCUGUCCAUUCAUUUAAUCAAAGGCGAGGUCUUACCCUAAUUUUCAUUAAGUAUGUCGAGUCUAUUGAAAAGCUGUUCAAACACCGAGUGGAAAUGGCGUUACUAGAACAGCUAAACUUUAUCUGCAAUGGGUCGAUGGUAUUUACGCCAGUAAGGAUUCUUGACGAAGGUAUUAAGAAGAACACCUUUAAGAUUGAUGUGAAGGAGGGAUUUGACAUUGAUAUUGCACUGUUCAAUUACUACUGUGAGCUGUACUAUACAUGGCUGGAAGAGAACAAUAUUCAAGGAAGGAUAUGCAGAUUUCACCCUGACUUUAUCAAAGAAGAGUGGAGGAUUCCACCGAAGCCUUUCCUAUUGGAAGUGAAAGUUCCACAGAUAGAGGAUGAUAUCAAACAGCUAGCCAGGGACAAGGCCAGCACAAUUAUUGAAAGAAUCAAAGAAAGAGAAAGACAGAGAAAAGAGCAGUUUGUACAUGAAUGCACAGUGAAAAUUGACUAUGAAGCCAGGAUAGACAGUAUUUUUUUGCUUACCAACAAGCAGGCGAUGAGGUUGGAGGAUUUGAUAUUCAAAGUGGGGGGUUUUGACUGCAAGGCCAAUUUAAUGAAGGUGUUUGGUGACAGGUAUUUUGUAAAAAUGAUAGAUGGGGAAGAAUACGUUGUGAAAAAGUAA